AUGGCAGAUGUCCGGAAUACCUCACGGAAGCUAAAGCGGACGUCAAACGCAUGCAUCGCGUGCCGUACCAGCAAAAUCAAGUGCACGGGUGAAGAGCCAUGCGCCAACUGUCAGCGCAGGCGUGUCGAGUGUCGUUUUGUAGAAGGCGUGAAUAAAGUCAUUGUUACUGAGAGGUUCGUAGGUUAUCCUAUGUUGGAACAUGCGACAUAUAAAACUGACAAUCGGGCCGUGAGGAUGGAUAGAUAUCUCCGAGAACUGCAAAAUAGAGCUCGCAAAAGCCAAGGGCAGGAUACGGAGAUCCAGCCGGACCGACAGUCGGUUAAGCGGACCUCAGCAUCGGCAUUCGGAUCGGAUGCAGAUAUUGAUGCGUCGCCGUCUGCAGAUAAUCUGACGCAGCUGUUCACAGCAAGGACGAUAUGGACUAGCCCAUUCACGCUCCCAUCGCGAGUGAUAAAGAAGAACGAUAGCACCAAGCGAAAUUGGACGCGGUUGAAACUCAUGAUUACAGAGAAGCUCCAGAUUGUAUCGCACUGCAGCGGACCAGAUCUAUUCGAUGGUGACCUCUACCCAAUCCACUGGAACCCCCUUCCGGUGAAUGAGCACCCUGAUGUCAGCAACCUUCCUUCAAUGGACUACGCACUCUACCUGUUUAAUACCGUCAAAUUCCAUCUGGGACAUAACUUCCGUCUACUCGAUGAAGCCAACUUUUUACACCACACCAAGGAGUUCUACCAUGGAGACGCAGCAAAGGAAGCAAGUAAUAAUCGGCUAUGGUUCGUUCAGUUUCUACUAGUUCUUGCAUUUGGGAAUGCAUUCUUGUUGCCAGUGGGCUAUCGUUCAAGUAGCGACAAUAAAGAGCCACCCGGGGCUAAGUUCUUCGUGAGGGCUAUGAGACUGAUGCCCGAUCCGACAACGUUAUCCCGCAGCGGAUUUGUGGCCAUUGAAGUUCUCGCAUUGACAGGGUUGUAUCUUUAUUGUAUCGAUCACCGGUCUUCAGCAUACUCUUAUGUAGGACACGCCAUCCGCAUUGCACAGAUGGACGGUAUGCAUACGCAACUGCCUGAAGACGAGCUUGGAGCAGAAACUGUCGCCCGGUCGAGGGAUCUUUGGUGGACGCUAUACAUUUUGGACCGUCAUAUAUCGUCAUCAGUCGGUGCGUCCAUGACACUCCAGGAUGGCGAUAUCACCACCCUGCUUGACCCACCCGGGACAACAACGCAGAGCAAUGCUACGCUUGGUCUUCUGGUGAGGCUGUCGCAUCUUCUAUCAUAUAUUCUGUCAACUAUAUACAAAUGUAGUCAAACUCAGCUGGGGACGUUCCUCGAAACCACACGAUCGAUCUUACAAGUCCUUGCCAGUCAAGCCCAAGACAUUGAGAAUAUCAUGGAAGUGAAAUUCCAGAACUCAGUGGAUGUCAUGUCGAAGGGAACAAGGCACGUUACGCUGCUAUAUCACCAGUGCGUAAUAGUGGCUACGCGCCCACUGUUGCUAUCAGUGCUUAAAGAGCGAUUAGACCGAAUAGGUCACGGACCGGAAGACUGGCAGAGCAUUGUGGCCCCGACUGAUGGUUUGAUCUCGGCAGGCAUCAAGUCGGCAAUCAAAACGCUGCAGAUAUUGAAGGACGAAGACAAUCUACUCGACGUCUUCCUCCCCUUCGACAUGGAGUUCACCUACGGAGCAGCAAUGCACAUCGCCAUGGCCAAAGCUGUCUUUCCCAACGUCACCGAAGGCGAAAAUGAAAACUGCAUGAACGAUAUUUACUUGAUCCUCGACCAAAUGAUCCAGCGUGGGAACAAGCUCGCAGCAGCGCGAAAGUCUGAACUUGUACAGCUUGAAAUGCUUUUCCAGGAAGUCGCAGAGCGCAUCGAACGGCGGGGACUUGAGACACUCACCCUGCCCACAUCUUCAGCGGCGGUGCCACCGCCCUCCGAGCUGGGCUCCGAAUUCAUGAUGGCGGGACGUGUCGACCGUCCUCAAGUCUCGGCAGAUCUGGCAGUUUGUUCAGUGCCUUUGAACUCGGUACCAGGGUCCCCAUCUGUUCUGGCUCAAGCUUCUAGCCUCGGCUUUUUAGAUAGUAUUGGAAUUUCCUCUUACGAGUUCUUCUCGUUGGUAAAUCAGAUUGGGCAGACAGAGGGGUGCAGUGUUUUGGAUGCGGGUGCGCCACCAUGGGAUGGAUCCAUGUAG